CUCAUUACUUAAUUACAGAGUUAAACGAGGCUGAUAUGGAUAAAUCAUCUGUGCCACGCUCCUACGAAGACUUUCAACCCUUUACCGAAUGGAUUUCUGAUGAUAUUUCAGAAACGCUUCGGAUUCGACUUCCAGGUUUCAGUAAAGAACAGCUCAAAGUUCAGAUGGACAACUUUGGCAACCUUAGGGCAAUCGGUGAGCGGCCCCUUGAUGUCAGUGGUCGUCGAUGGAUCCGUUUCCAAACAGAGCAUCCCAUUCCUGAGGGUUGCGACGUUAAAGGUGUCAGAGCACGAUUUGACAACAACAUCCUCUAUAUAAAUUUUCUCAAAUUAAUCACAGAAGAGUCGAAGCCUACAAUACCGCCAUCAACAUCAUUGCCGAAACCCGAGCUUGAACCGACACCGGAGCCAGAGAAGCAGCCAGCAGUGCUAGAGGAGAAGCAAGAGCCCGAAAGCAAAAGGAAGGAAGAGGAGGAGGUGAAGGAAAAGGUAGAGGAAGAGAAAGAGCAGAGAGAUGUUGAUAAUGGUGAGAAGGAGGAGAAGAUGAGGGUAAGGUUUUUGGAGAGGAUAAAAAGGCGGAGAAAGGUGGUGCUUAAUAUGUUUCUGGCUUUGGUUGUACUUGUGGCGAUUGGGAUAUAUGUAGGUUAUAAGAUGAGGAGGGGUGCAUGGAGGUCCAAAGGAGAAUAGUUGAGUGCUGGGGGGGUGGUUAGUAAAAUGUUUGUUAAUUAAUUGUGAAAUGUAAUUUUAAUGAAAUUUAUUGAAGUUGAAUAAAUUGGCGUUGAGGGGGAAAUGCUUACUUUUCUAGAGGCUAAUGAUUAUGUGUAUUA